ACAUGUCCAUCGAUCUAAGGGAGGAGGAGUCCACCCCUUUGGUGAUCAGAGACCGGGGAGGAAGCCAGAGGUCCAGUUCAAGCUUGGCCCCUGGUUUACAAGUACACCUCUACUUCUUUCCAGGCACUAAAGAUGCGACAACAGUUCACAUAUCAUCUGGACACAUAUCGGCUGAAAACGUGUGCAUCAAAGCUGGGAGUAAAUGCGGAGUCCUACCAGUGUAUAUCAGCCUUUUUGGUUUGGCAUCUGCUGAUCUAUCAUUUUGGUAUCCUCCUUCACACAUGUUUGACUGCGAUGAAAAUUUGGAAGUUCACUUUAGAGUGAGGUUUUUCUUUGGAAACUGGUUUGGUCAAGGAUCAAGAACAUCGUACCGCUACAGUUUGACAAGAGACAGAAUCUGCCCAGUACUAGAUUACAAUGUCAUAGACUACCUUUUUGCUCAGUUGCGGAGUGACUUUAUAACCAGCGAAGCAGGAGUCGCUCCACCUUUAAGUGCACAAGAGGAAUGCCUUGGCCUUGCUGUUUUGGACCUGUGGAGAAUGGCCGAAGAGCGCCACCAGAGUGUCAGAGAGCUCUGCAAGACCGUCAGCUAUAAAUCAUGCCUUCCAAAGUCACAUCGCCUUGACAUCCAGAAACGAAACCGGCUGGACCGCUAUCGUAUCCGAAACACACUGAAGCGUUUCUUGAAGAAAAUCGGCAACUGCUCUGUGGAUGAGUGCAGCCUGAAGCUCAAAUACAUGAUUGAGCUGGCUGGCAUUGAGCCUUCCUUGGGCUGUGAGACUUUCCAUGUGAAUCAUUCCUCCUCCAACUCAAAUGCGACCUUCUCUAUGGUGCGGGUCAGCGGGGAAUUAGGAGUACAAAUCAAUGGAAGUUGUCAUCCUGAAAGUCCAAUGGAGUGGCUGACAUUCUGUGAUUUCCAAGAAAUCACUGACAUCAGUGUAAAGAGGGUCUGCCAGGAGCAGGUUCCACAGGACAGCAGAAUGGUCACCAUAUCUCGCAAGGACGACAGAUGUUUGGAAGCCCAUUUCCAGAGUCUCAGAGAGGCCCUUUCGUUCAUAUCUCUUGUUGAUGGCUACUUUAGACUGACCACAGACUCAACCCACUUUUUCUGCCAAGGCAUUGCACCCCCAAGUCUGCUGGAUGGACUGAAAAGCCACUGUCAUGGCCCAAUCACAUCAGAAGUUGCUGUCAACAAGCUAAAAAAGUCUGGAUGCAGAGGCGGUACUUUCCUUCUCCGACAGAGUCCUAAGAAUUUUGAGAAUUUUUUCCUCACUGUUUGUGUUCAGACCCCGCUUGGACUUGAUUAUAAGGACUGCCUAAUAAUUAAGAACGAGCACUACAAUCUUCCUGGUGUGCAGAAAUCAUUUUCUAGCUUGAAGGAGCUGACCAGCUACUAUCAACACAACAAGCUGCUUCUGGCUGAAAUACCGGUCAAGUUAGCUCACUGCUGUCCGCCCCGACCCAAAGAGCUCACAAAUCUCAUCAUCGUACGCAGCAGCAGCCUGGUUGAAAAUCAGGGGUUUCCCACUCCUGAAAGGAACAAAUUCAGUCACAUCCAGUUCCAAAUGAUUAAAUAUGAGGACCUAAAAUGGGGUGAGAGCCUUGGACAAGGUUGCUUCACCCGGAUUUUUAGAGGCAAUAAAACUGACAUUCGUGAUGGGGAAAAACACAUGAUGGAAGUUCUUCUUAAGGAACUUGAUUCCAUUCACAAGAAUUGCUGGGAGUCAUUCUUUGAGGCUGCCAGUUUGAUGUCUCAGAUUUCCCACAAACACCUCAUCCAUGUCUAUGGCGUUAGCGUUCAUGGAGUAAGAAACGUCAUGGUGCAAGAGUUUGUCAAGCACGGGGCCCUCGACCUUUACUUGAAAAGAAGGAGAUCUGUGUCAGUGAGCUGGAAACUCAGUGUAGCCAAACAGCUCGCAUGUGCCCUCAACUUCCUGGAGGAGCAAAAUAUUGUUCAUGGAAAUAUCUGUGCGAAAAAUCUUCUGCUGGCAAGGGAGGGUGACCCCUCCCAAGGCAGCUCGCCAUUUAUCAAGCUGAGCGACCCUGGCAUCAGUGUAGCCAUGCUGGGCAAAGAUGUCAUUCUGGACAGGAUCCCAUGGAUGGCCCCCGAGGUGCUUGAGUCUCCAGACAACAUGACCCUUGAGUGUGAUAAGUGGGGUUUUGGUGCCACUGUAUGGGAAAUCUUUAACAAUGGAAACUCCCCACUGCAAGGCUGGAGCCUAGAGCAGAAACAGAAGUUUUAUGAGAACUGGCAGCAACUGCCUCCCUCCCAGUGGAUGGAGCUAGCCGAUCUCAUCGGCCAGUGUAUGGACUACAAGGCCGCCUUCAGACCAUGCUGCCGCAGUAUUAUCCGCCAACUCAACAGUCUCAUCACAUCAGACUACGUGAUAUUGCAUGCUACAGAGCCUGUUUCACAGAACCCACUGUGCAGAGUUGCAAGUCCUGCACAGCAAGAUCACACUCUAUUCGAAGAGAGACACUUGCGCUACAUCUCUCCACUGGGAAAGGGAAACUUUGGCAGUGUGGAACUUUGUCGUUAUGAUCCUCUGGGCGAUAACACUGGUGAGCUGGUGGCUGUGAAAAAACUACAGCCCAACAAGCUGUCGAACCUGGAGGACUUCCAAAAGGAAGUAAAGAUUCUCAGUGUUUUGCACUGUGACUACAUUGUCAAGUACAGAGGAAUCUGCUACAGCAUGGGUCGCCUCAGUAUGAGCUUAGUGAUGGAGUACCUGCCUUAUGGCAGCCUUAUUGGUUACCUGGAUGGUAACCGACACAACGUGAACACAAAGCGGAUGCUGCUUUUUGCCUCUCAGAUCUGUAAGGGGAUGCAGUAUCUUCAGACGCUUCGUUACGUCCACCGUGAUCUCGCAGCCCGGAACAUCCUGGUUGCCAGCGAGUCACUGGUGAAAAUUGCAGAUUUUGGGCUGACCAAAGUUAUUCCAUGCGACAAAGAGUACUACCGCGUCACACAGCCUGGAGAGAACCCCAUUUUCUGGUAUGCUCCAGAGUCCAUCACAGAGUCAAGAUUCUCUCACCAAUCAGAUGUCUGGAGCUAUGGGGUUGUCCUUCAUGAGCUUUUCUCCUUUUGCGAUAUGGCCUGCAAUCCAAAAAGACUAUGUAUGCAGGAGAUUGGCCACAGUGUACAAGGUGCAUCCAUUACGAUGUAUCUAGCCAGUAUUCUGAAGAAUAACUGGAGGUUACCAGUUCCCCCUAAUUGCCCACCAAAGGUGUACAGUUUGAUGAAACAGUGCUGGGCAUACAACUUUGACGAGAGGCCCAGUUUCUCCAGCCUUGGAAACCAGAUUGAAAGCAUCAUGCAGGAUGAAAGAGAAAACACAAAAGGC